GGCGAGAGGAGAAAGCCUGCAACAUUCAAAACUUUUCCGUGAAUGUCCCUGGGGAGGGAGGCGUGUGUUGAUAGUUUACUUUGCAGUUCUGAGAAGCGGCCACGGCGCCGCUGAAUAAAAGCAUUCUUCAUUCCGUGCGGCUGACCAAUAACUUCUCUUCUUCAGUGUGUGGUUGACGUUUGACGCGUCAGCCCUGCAGACGCACCCACUGCACAUCUCAGCCCCUCCGCCGGACAAAAAGUUAACGGAGUUUUCAGUUUGGAUGCAGUCACGGAAAGACUACGCAAGGCCACCGAUGCUGCAGCCGAAUGCGAAGUUAAGGAGGACGGGGCUAAAGAGGAACGGAGCUAAAAGGCGAAGAGAGCAGCAGGAGUUUUCUUCCAAAUACCAUCUGGAGAGAGCGCUGCACUUUUAGGCACUUUUAGGACACACCCAGCUCUAACGUCAACAAAGGAACUGAAUGACCGGAAAGAGGAGAGAGACAGGGACAGAGAGACAGACAGACAGAGAGACAGACAGCUAGAUCUUUUCUGGGGAACGACCGACGCACAAACAGUCUUCAGGACAGAGGUUACAUCCCUGCAACGAUGGAAGACUACCAAGAGGAUUUCGCGAACUACUCCUAUUAUUACGACCUGGAAUAUGGCGACGUAAAGGAACUUAGAGCAGACCACAGCCAGACGGAAACGUUGCACAUUAUCUCAGUGGUAAUCUACAUUAUUUGCUUCAUAGUUGGUCUGAUUGGAAAUGGAAUAGUUAUUUGGGUGACAGCAUUUAAAAACAAAAAGACCGUCACCAGCGUGUGGUUGCUCAAUCUGGCCAUAGCAGACUUCAUAUUUGUGCUUUUUCUUCCCCUCUACGUUGACUACAUCUUGCGGGACUUCCACUGGAAUUUUGGAACGGCCAUGUGUAAAAUCAACUCGUUUGCAUCUGUGAUGAACAUGUACGCCAGCGUGCUCUUUGUCACGGUUCUCAGUGUUGACCGGUAUGUCUCUCUGGUCCACCUCGACUGGUCUCGGAGGUAUCGCUCACUAGACAGAGCAUGGUUUACAUGCGGUGUCAUAUGGCUGCUAGCUGCCGUCUUGAGCUUUCCCACUCUGAUCUUUCGCGACACCAUGGUCUUACAUAACAAGGUGGUGUGCUUCAACAACUUUCACGCACAUGACAGUAACACAGCGGCCAUGAGGCAUAUUACGAUAGUGGUCAUCCGUACCACUGUGGGUUUCCUUCUGCCAUUUGCCGCUAUAAGUGUGACAGGCAUACUUUUGACAGCCAAAUUAUAUCAGUCUAGGGGUUCCAUUCAAUUGUCUUACUCCUCCAAAAUAGUCACUGCAAUAAUUCUGGCCUUCUUUCUGUGCUGGGCACCUUUCCAUGCCUUUGGCAUGAUGGAAUUAUCCAUGCACUCCUCACUUUACCUCCACAAUGUACUGAGAACUGGCUUUCCUCUCGCCACCAGUUUAGCCUUUUUCAACAGCUGCAUUAACCCUGUGCUGUACGUACUCCUGGGCAAAAAGGUGCGUCGCAUCCUAAAGCAAACGUGUCUGAGCUUAACUAAGAGUUCACUGAGAGAGAUCAACCAGUCGAUCUCUGUAACUGAGGUAGAGUCUGUGCCUGCCGUUCCUCAGGACACUAUCCUAGAAGAGCCUGCGGUGUCAUCAACUGUGUAAUUGCAACUAUCUUUACUUUGCAGUAGCCAAGCCAAGCAACUCAUUUAGUUGAUCAUUUAUUUUCAUAACAACAUAAUCAUUAAAGCCAUUUGUUAAAUAAAGUCUUUGAUUCUGUCUUUUAAGUUGUGAGAAUUGCCUGAUUUAUUUGUAUUCUUUGCGUAAGUGAGUAAGCUGAUCCAAUCUCAAGUAUACAGCGCUAAGUCUUUGAAGUGUGUCUCCAUUCGGGUCUCAUACUACCGCUUCACUGGGAAAAGUUUUGCAUUUUUUUGUACAAAUAAAUGCCAACAUCAUUAAGAGCGCUUUGUGUUUGUUGUGUGUACAUCGAGAUAUGGGGACAUGAUGCAAAUCCUGUAACUCAGACCUCCAAGUGUGGUCUGAGUGGAUAUCAUUAAAGCAAAUAAUAUAAAAUAAACGUGUUCUUCUGAACAUCA